GCUUCGGAAUAAUCUCCCAUAUUGUAACUUACUACUCCGGAAAAAAAGAACCAUUUGGAUACAUAGGUAUGGUCUGAGCUAUGAUAUCAAUUGGCUUCCUAGGGUUUAUCGUGUGAGCACACCAUAUAUUUACAGUAGGAAUAGACGUAGACACACGAGCAUAUUUCACCUCCGCUACCAUAAUCAUCGCUAUCCCCACCGGCGUCAAAGUAUUUAGCUGACUCGCCACACUCCACGGAAGCAAUAUGAAAUGAUCUGCUGCAGUGCUCUGAGCCCUAGGAUUCAUCUUUCUUUUCACCGUAGGUGGCCUGACUGGCAUUGUAUUAGCAAACUCAUCACUAGACAUCGUACUACACGACACGUACUACGUUGUAGCCCACUUCCACUAUGUCCUAUCAAUAGGAGCUGUAUUUGCCAUCAUAGGAGGCUUCAUUCACUGAUUUCCCCUAUUCUCAGGCUACACCCUAGACCAAACCUACGCCAAAAUCCAUUUCACUAUCAUAUUCAUCGGCGUAAAUCUAACUUUCUUCCCACAACACUUUCUCGGCCUAUCCGGAAUGCCCCGACGUUACUCGGACUACCCCGAUGCAUACACCACAUGAAACAUCCUAUCAUCUGUAGGCUCAUUCAUUUCUCUAACAGCAGUAAUAUUAAUAAUUUUCAUGAUUUGAGAAGCCUUCGCUUCGAAGCGAAAAGUCCUAAUAGUAGAAGAACCCUCCAUAAACCUGGAGUGACUAUAUGGAUGCCCCCCACCCUACCACACAUUCGAAGAACCCGUAUACAUAAAAUCUAGACAAAAAAGGAAGGAAUCGAACCCCCCAAAGCUGGUUUCAAGCCAACCCCAUGGCCUCCAUGACUUUUUCAAAAAGGUAUUAGAAAAACCAUUUCAUAACUUUGUCAAAGUUAAAUUAUAGGCUAAAUCCUAUAUAUCUUAAUGGCACAUGCAGCGCAAGUAGGUCUACAAGACGCUACUUCCCCUAUCAUAGAAGAGCUUAUCACCUUUCAUGAUCACGCCCUCAUAAUCAUUUUCCUUAUCUGCUUCCUAGUCCUGUAUGCCCUUUUCCUAACACUCACAACAAAACUAACUAAUACUAACAUCUCAGACGCUCAGGAAAUAGAAACCGUCUGAACUAUCCUGCCCGCCAUCAUCCUAGUCCUCAUCGCCCUCCCAUCCCUACGCAUCCUUUACAUAACAGACGAGGUCAACGAUCCCUCCCUUACCAUCAAAUCAAUUGGCCACCAAUGGUACUGAACCUACGAGUACACCGACUACGGCGGACUAAUCUUCAACUCCUACAUACUUCCCCCAUUAUUCCUAGAACCAGGCGACCUGCGACUCCUUGACGUUGACAAUCGAGUAGUACUCCCGAUUGAAGCCCCCAUUCGUAUAAUAAUUACAUCACAAGACGUCUUGCACUCAUGAGCUGUCCCCACAUUAGGCUUAAAAACAGAUGCAAUUCCCGGACGUCUAAACCAAACCACUUUCACCGCUACACGACCGGGGGUAUACUACGGUCAAUGCUCUGAAAUCUGUGGAGCAAACCACAGUUUCAUGCCCAUCGUCCUAGAAUUAAUUCCCCUAAAAAUCUUUGAAAUAGGGCCCGUAUUUACCCUAUAGCACCCCCUCUACCCCCUCUAGAGCCCACUGUAAAGCUAACUUAGCAUUAACCUUUUAAGUUAAAGAUUAAGAGAACCAACACCUCUUUACAGUGAAAUGCCCCAACUAAAUACUACCGUAUGGCCCACCAUAAUUACCCCCAUACUCCUUACACUAUUCCUCAUCACCCAACUAAAAAUAUUAAACACAAACUACCACCUACCUCCCUCACCAAAGCCCAUAAAAAUAAAAAAUUAUAACAAACCCUGAGAACCAAAAUGAACGAAAAUCUGUUCGCUUCAUUCAUUGCCCCCACAAUCCUAGGCCUACCCGCCGCAGUACUGAUCAUUCUAUUUCCCCCUCUAUUGAUCCCCACCUCCAAAUAUCUCAUCAACAACCGACUAAUCACCACCCAACAAUGACUAAUCAAACUAACCUCAAAACAAAUGAUAACCAUACACAACACUAAAGGACGAACCUGAUCUCUUAUACUAGUAUCCUUAAUCAUUUUUAUUGCCACAACUAACCUCCUCGGACUCCUGCCUCACUCAUUUACACCAACCACCCAACUAUCUAUAAACCUAGCCAUGGCCAUCCCCUUAUGAGCGGGCGCAGUGAUUAUAGGCUUUCGCUCUAAGAUUAAAAAUGCCCUAGCCCACUUCUUACCACAAGGCACACCUACACCCCUUAUCCCCAUACUAGUUAUUAUCGAAACCAUCAGCCUACUCAUUCAACCAAUAGCCCUGGCCGUACGCCUAACCGCUAACAUUACUGCAGGCCACCUACUCAUGCACCUAAUUGGAAGCGCCACCCUAGCAAUAUCAACCAUUAACCUUCCCUCUACACUUAUCAUCUUCACAAUUCUAAUUCUACUGACUAUCCUAGAAAUCGCUGUCGCCUUAAUCCAAGCCUACGUUUUCACACUUCUAGUAAGCCUCUACCUGCACGACAACACAUAAUGACCCACCAAUCACAUGCCUAUCAUAUAGUAAAACCCAGCCCAUGACCCCUAACAGGGGCCCUCUCAGCCCUCCUAAUGACCUCCGGCCUAGCCAUGUGAUUUCACUUCCACUCCAUAACGCUCCUCAUACUAGGCCUACUAACCAACACACUAACCAUAUACCAAUGAUGGCGCGAUGUAACACGAGAAAGCACAUACCAAGGCCACCACACACCACCUGUCCAAAAAGGCCUUCGAUACGGGAUAAUCCUAUUUAUUACCUCAGAAGUUUUUUUCUUCGCAGGAUUUUUCUGAGCCUUUUACCACUCCAGCCUAGCCCCUACCCCCCAAUUAGGAGGGCACUGGCCCCCAACAGGCAUCACCCCGCUAAAUCCCCUAGAAGUCCCACUCCUAAACACAUCCGUAUUACUCGCAUCAGGAGUAUCAAUCACCUGAGCUCACCAUAGUCUAAUAGAAAACAACCGAAACCAAAUAAUUCAAGCACUGCUUAUUACAAUUUUACUGGGUCUCUAUUUUACCCUCCUACAAGCCUCAGAGUACUUCGAGUCUCCCUUCACCAUUUCCGACGGCAUCUACGGCUCAACAUUUUUUGUAGCCACAGGCUUCCACGGACUUCACGUCAUUAUUGGCUCAACUUUCCUCACUAUCUGCUUCAUCCGCCAACUAAUAUUUCACUUUACAUCCAAACAUCACUUUGGCUUCGAAGCCGCCGCCUGAUACUGGCAUUUUGUAGAUGUGGUUUGACUAUUUCUGUAUGUCUCCAUCUAUUGAUGAGGGUCUUACUCUUUUAGUAUAAAUAGUACCGUUAACUUCCAAUUAACUAGUUUUGACAACAUUCAAAAAAGAGUAAUAAACUUCGCCUUAAUUUUAAUAAUCAACACCCUCCUAGCCUUACUACUAAUAAUUAUUACAUUUUGACUACCACAACUCAACGGCUACAUAGAAAAAUCCACCCCUUACGAGUGCGGCUUCGACCCUAUAUCCCCCGCCCGCGUCCCUUUCUCCAUAAAAUUCUUCUUAGUAGCUAUUACCUUCUUAUUAUUUGAUCUAGAAAUUGCCCUCCUUUUACCCCUACCAUGAGCCCUACAAACAACUAACCUGCCACUAAUAGUUAUGUCAUCCCUCUUAUUAAUCAUCAUCCUAGCCCUAAGUCUGGCCUAUGAGUGACUACAAAAAGGAUUAGACUGAACCGAAUUGGUAUAUAGUUUAAACAAAACGAAUGAUUUCGACUCAUUAAAUUAUGAUAAUCAUAUUUACCAAAUGCCCCUCAUUUACAUAAAUAUUAUACUAGCAUUUACCAUCUCACUUCUAGGAAUACUAGUAUAUCGCUCACACCUCAUAUCCUCCCUACUAUGCCUAGAAGGAAUAAUACUAUCGCUGUUCAUUAUAGCUACUCUCAUAACCCUCAACACCCACUCCCUCUUAGCCAAUAUUGUGCCUAUUGCCAUACUAGUCUUUGCCGCCUGCGAAGCAGCG